AUGUGUGAAAUAGAGUUGUACAGAAAAACAAAAAUAGAUAUUCCGUUACUGGCUGCUGGAAUGAUUUUGUGCAUUUUAAGUUGUUUAAUGAUUUCUGUUGGAAUAGCUAGAGUACGUGAAGAUGUUUGGAUAGCAGGAAUCCUUGUAGCUAUUGUAGGUUUACCGCUAUUCUUGUUUUUCUUGGUAGUUUUUUGUGUCAUCAGAACAAACAAUUAUACGGAAGUGUUACCAAAGCAGUAUGUACUUGGCAAAAUACCACCACCAACCUUUACAAGCAUACCAUCAGCACUUGGAUCUAUUUAUCACGCGUAA